CAGCCAGUUCGGGCCAUGAAAGCCUCCGGGCGCCGGGACCGGGAUUCCCGAAGCCCCGCGGUGACGUGCGGGUUGCCAGGACUGACGUUUGGGCACGGGCGGGAGACGGACCCUCCAAAUGGCAUCCGAGGGGAACAAGCUAUGGGGUGGCCGGUUUGUGGGUUCGGUCGACCCCAUCAUGGAGAGGUUCAACUCUUCCAUCCACUACGAUCGGCGCAUGUGGGAGGCAGACAUCCAGGGCAGCAAGGCCUACAGCAAAGGCCUGGAGAAAGCAGGACUCCUCACCGAAGCUGAGCUGGAGAAGAUCCUCAGUGGCCUGGACAAGGUGGCGGAGGAGUGGUCUGCGGGCACGUUCAAGGUGAGCCCCAAUGAUGAGGACAUCCAUACGGCCAACGAGCGGCGGCUCAAGGAGCUCAUCGGCGAGGCUGCUGGGAAGCUGCACACUGGGCGCAGCCGGAAUGACCAGGUGGUCACCGACCUGAGGCUCUGGAUGCGCCAAGCCUGCUCCACGCUCUCCGCUCACCUGCUGGAGCUCAUUCGCACCAUGGUGGAGCGGGCGGCAGCUGAACAAGAUGUCCUCUUCCCCGGCUAUACACACCUGCAGAGAGCCCAGCCUAUCCGCUGGAGCCAUUGGAUCCUGAGCCACGCGGUGGCCCUCACUCGAGAUUCGGAGCGGCUAAUGGAGCUGCGGAAGCGAGUCAAUGUGCUGCCUCUGGGCAGCGGAGCGAUUGCCGGAAACCCGCUGGGCGUGGAUCGGGAGCUGCUGCGCAAAGAGCUCAGCUUUGGGGCCAUCACCCUCAAUAGCAUGGAUGCCACCAGUGAGCGUGACUUUGUAGCAGAGUUCCUGUUCUGGGCCUCCUUGUGCAUGACACAUCUGAGCAAAGUGGCCGAGGACCUGAUCCUGUACGGUACCAAGGAGUUCAGCUUUGUGCAGCUGUCUGACGCCUACAGCACGGGCAGCAGCCUGAUGCCCCAGAAGAAGAACCCAGACAGCCUGGAGCUGAUCCGCAGCAAGGCCGGUCGUGUGUUUGGCAGAUGCGCUGGGCUCCUGGUCACCCUCAAGGGAUUGCCAAGCACCUACAACAAGGACCUACAGGAGGACAAAGAGGCCGUGUUUGAUGUCUUUGACACCGUGAGCUCCGUCCUUCAGGUGGCCACAGGAGUCAUUUCUACCUUGCAGAUCAAUAAGGACAGCAUGGAGCGAGCACUCAGCCCGGACAUGCUGGCCACAGAUCUGGCCUACUACCUGGUCCGCAAAGGGAUGCCUUUCCGCCAAGCCCACGGGGUGUCAGGAAAAGCCGUCUACCUGGCUGAGACCAAAGGUGUCACUCUCAACCACCUGUCGCUGCAGGACCUUCAGACCAUCAGCCCCCUGUUUGCCAGCGACGUGAGCCAGGUGUGGAACUACGCCAACAGCGUGGAGCAGUACACGGCCCUGGGGGGCACCGCCCGCAGCAGUGUGGACUGGCAGAUCCAGCAGCUCCGAUCGCUGCUCCAAAGACACAGGGACUAGUACCCUCAUCUGGCCGGGGCACCCUCGCCAGGCCGGGGCACUCCUCCCCGCCCGCCGCCCCCCACCCCACCCCCGUCCUCUCCCCUCUACCCACCGUGUCCCCAACCCCAGCCCGGCGGCGCAGUCAGAAAAUAAAGUUCAGUGAGUGACUCGUG